AUGGCGGGGCCGAUCAGCUGGCCCGCAUGCAUACUUCCCACAGGGUGCUGCUUUUCGGGCUGCCGCUUACCCGGCCAGUCUCAUACCGCCCCGUCGGACUUUGACAUGCCGUUUUUACAGCAGGGCAAUGAUUCCGAGUUUCUCUUCCCCAAGGCCGAGGACAAGGGUCGCUCCUUUUCGGAAAAGGCCUCAUAUACCACUGGUGCCUCCUACAUUGCCGGCUCCUUGAUCGGUGCCGGCUAUGGUGUGGUUGAGGGUCUGCGUCACCCCAACGCCGUCACUACCAAGCUGAAAAUCAACACGGUGCUCAAUGCCGCCCAGAAACGUGGUCCCUUCUUGGGCAACACCCUCGGCGUAAUUGUCUUGAUGUACAACGUGGCCAACUAUGGUAUUUGCAAGGUCCGACAGACUGACAAGCCACACGCGCUUGACCACAUUGCGGCCGCUACCGUUGCGGGUGGUCUUUACCGCAGUGCCUGUAAGUUUCGCGCCACCCCGCUGAACCAUCAUUUCAAAGCGGCUGCUGGCCCGCGCGCCGCGGCCCUGGGCUCGAUUACCGGUCUGGCGCUGGCCUCCACGUUCUUCAUCGGCAAGGCUCUCGUUACCAAGAGCGACGAUACCUCGCUCCUGGAUGCCAUCCAGGAGAAGCAGUACAGCUAG